AUGGCCGUUAUAUUAGACAAGCUGAAGGCCAUUCCAGACUACCUAUUCGGACCCGACGAUCCGAUUGAUGAUACCGUCAACGAUAACAAAGUGGACACCUCGUUGACGGUUGACAAAGAGGAAGAACACGAGAACGUCGAAAAGAGGCGGGAGCGUGCUGCCACUCAGUGCUCUGACCGUGCCCAGGACUCCUCUGUUGACUCCACGUCUCGGUCACCUAGCGUCGUCAGCGCAGACUGGAACCUUGUUGACCUUAGUGGUGAGAGCCUCUUCAAGCUCAUAGUAGACCGACACCCUCUAGCGUUGAUGAACCAGUCGCUGAAUGACGUGGAUUCGAAAGGGGUGACGAAAGCGGUCCCAUCCAGUGGGCCAUGGUCCUUGCUACCCAGUGCUGAUGAAUUGAAUAUGCUAAGCCAGUGGGAGAAGGUGGUGGCAGGCCGACCCUUGGAAGAAUUAGUGAGGAAUCUCCCGAGCCCAGAUUCGGUCUGCAAACUGACUUAUCCGAAGGCUCUGGCAAUGCUCGACAAUGAGGCCUCACUGGACUCUAAGAUUAAGCAUCAGAUUGAGAUGGACCUGCCCAGGACGGCAGACGACGAGACGGUAUAUCUAGUGCUGGCAGCAUUCGUUGAGGGUAUCAAUAAGGACUACUAUGAUAAGAAGAACCUCAGAGGGUUCUUGAGAGAUAUCACCAGACUGGAUGAACUGCUGGGAGAGCAUUUCCCUGAUGUGAAGCAGCUUCUGGAUAGGCUCGAGAUUUCCAGACUUUGGUUGUGUGCGGAGCCUAUGCUGUGCUUAUGGUCGAAGUCGUUGUCGAUGCCUCCGGCUAGACUGUGGGAUAUCUUCCUUCUUGAUGGUAAUGAUGCAGUACUAGCAGCAAUGCUAGCAUCGAUAUCUCUUGCGUACCCCAAGAUGGAGGGCUGCCUCAUACAGGAGAAGCCUCCUAUAGGGCAGCAAAAUAGUAAGGUGGACACACCGGAGAGAGAGAAGGUCAAGGCAUUGCCUAUGGAGGUUCAUCAGGAGAUGGUGGUGACAACUUUCAAGAGCACUUUGCGUGAUAUGGAUGUGGAGGAUUUGGCAAGAGAGACAGUGAAGUGGAUACAGGCUUGUCGAGAAUCUCGACACAAGGCCAGAGAGGCUCAGCACAAGGCCGCAGCAGAGAAGAAGUGGUUGAUCAUGGCUGGAUACGGAUUUGGUCCGGUCGGUUUCGCCUGGCAAAGUGCCGAAUUGGCGAAUAGCAAGGAAGAGCUCCGCGCGGCGUAUGCUGAUAUGGAAACCAUGCGAAAUGAUAUUGCAUAUCUCCAGGAGGAUCUGGACAGGAAGCUGGCACUUGAGAAGAAACUGUUGACAGAAAGGGAUGGAUCCAAACAGAAGGAGGAGGAGCUGAUGAAACUUGUGAGGAAAAUGUACGGUACGGAUCCCGCUGAGGCAUAUGUUGCGUUGUUGAACACGAAUGAGGAGAUGCAGAAUGAGAUGGAUGCUGUCAUUGAAGAACGCGACGAUCUCUGUCAAGAAGUCGAGAAGCUCCAGAAGCAGGUGGAUGAUUUUCAGGAGCAGUCCAGCCUGCCGACUCCUGGUGGAGAUGAAGAGCUGCUGAUUCCUGACUCUGAGGAGGAAAAACAGAAGCUUGAGGAGCUGUCGCGAAAAGUGGAGCGACUGCAGACGGAGAACGCCGAGUUGAGGCGAAAAGUUGAAGAUUGUGAAGCAAGAGAUGAUGGAGGCUCUCCGGAGGCAUCACGUGGAGUUAUCCAAGCCUUGGCUCAGGAGAAUGUAGAGUUGAAACGGCAGUUGAGGAGUCGGGAGGUGGAGUUGUCUGGACUGAGGGCUGAUCUUCAGGAGCAUCAGAAUGGUAGUGCUGGAGAGGAUUCUACCAAGGCAACCGAUCGACUUCGACAAGAAUUGAAGGAACUCCAACAACAACACGAUGAGCUAUGGACGCAUCUGAAUAAAGCGUUGGAGGACAAGUGGGAUACUGAGGAGGAACUGCGGGCCCUCAGGAACCAGGUGUUUCAGAAGUUCACUACAGUCGCAGUUGACCCGCAAGAAGCUGGCCAGGACUCAGCAGAUCCGCGGCAAGUUGAGGAGACUAUUGCCGAGCCGCUGUCAGAGAGUAUAGUGGGGAAAAAUGAUAAGAAGAUUGUUGAGGCACCUUCGACCGCUACUUCUAGCCCGGUGACACAGGCCUGUCAUGAGGGCACUCUCGCAGCGAGGGACAUGGGCAGUUCAGUAUCGGGUGAGCUGUGA